AAGUGUUUCGACAGUUGAUAGCAGCUAGGCUUGUUACCCCUGUACCUAUGGUGCCAUUAAAUCCACCAUUUCCAAUAUGGUAUAACCCACAAGCAAGAUGUGAAUACCAUAAUGGAGGUGUUGGGCAUGACCUUGAAAAUUGUCUUGCUUUAAAGCUCCGUGUCCAAGAUCUAAUAGAUGCAAAGGAGUUACAAAUUACAUUAGAACCUAAGGUCGUUGGUCCAAAUGUCACUAAAAACCCUUUACCCCCACGUGAUGGUCCAACAAUUAAUAUGAUCGAGAAAGACUCCGAUAAAGGUCAUGAGGUGACUACAUCAACAAAUAAUGAUGGUUUGAGCACUUCUUUUGAGAAGUUGAGCAUAUGUGUCAUUGAUGUAGCAAAGGGUGAUGACAAGCUUAUUUUGCCUACUCAUGGUGAAGCUUUAGGCAACAAGAUAGCAGAGAUUCUUCCUGUUCCUAUCAUUAAAUCAUAAGAUGUGUCAAUCUUCUUGUGGUUGAGCUUGUGACCAUGAGAAGAGAUGGUUAAAACAAGCCUUUUAUAUUUUAUGAAGCAUUGUAGGCAUGAAAAAUAAUGUUCCAUUCAGUUCAUUUCAAUCAAUGAUGUUACUUUCA